UCCGUGCGGUUCCUCCACAUUCACAACACCGCGUCCUGUGCGCUGCUCUCGGGUCGGAGCUGGAGCCGCUCGUCCGGAUUGAUCUUCCCCGGUGACGGAGUGUUUUACGCGCGGCGGAGAAAGGUUCCAUUCACCCGCGCGUCCUGUUGUUGUUCCGCGGGGCAGGAGCGGGUUCGACCGGAGCUGCUGCUGCGGGGUUGAGCUCGUUCUUUUCGGCGUCUUUAGUGGCAGAGAUCCCGGGUUGGAGACGGAGGUGGCGCCGGGACUGUGUCUUCACUCCCGUUGCCUUUUUUUGUAAAAUUAUAAUCUUGGAACAUUUAUCCUGUGUUUUGUUUUUUAUAUUUUCUACUUCUGCGGACACGCGUCGCUUUCUCUCCGGGAAACUGCGAGUUGGAGAAAGUGUUCGCUGCGCGGAGUUGAUCCGGGGGAAGGACGAGCCGCCUCGGUCCCUGUGGAGGUUCCCCCGGUUCCCCAGAACUGAGUUAUUCCUCCAAGAGAAGUGAGACGAUCUGAACAAGUUUCCACAGGGAGAUUUAACAAAUAAGAUUAGUGUUUGGUUCUGAAACUCCCGAGGAAGGAGCUCCACCUGUGCGGGUACAAGUGGACCCUCAUCCCCGCGCUUCACCGCCACAUCCCCCAGAACCGUUCCACCAGAACCAGGAGGGACUGUAGUCGACCUUCGGGACUUCCAGUGCAACUAUGCCGCAGGUGGACAUGCUCCUCUCCCUCCUCCUCCUCUUCAUCGGGGUGUGUGUGCACGGCCAGGACCCGGCUUCCAAGGUGGUGUCCGACCGCUACGCCGUCAACUGGAACCGGACCAACCCCAAGUUUUACCGGGGCGACUACCACAUCGACGUCUGCAUCAACGACUACCUUGACGUGUACUGUCCGCACUACACCGGGCCGGUGGCGGACGAGCGGGCCGAGCGCUACAUCCUCUACAUGGUGAACUACGACGGCUACAGCUCCUGCGACCACACGGCCAAGGGCUUCAAGCGCUGGGAGUGCAACAGGCCUCUGUCGCCCAACGGGCCGCUCAAGUUCUCCGAGAAGUUCCAGCUCUUCACCCCCUUCUCCUUGGGCUUUGAAUUCCGCCCCGGCAGAGAGUACUACUAUAUCUCCUCCAUCACCGACGACAAGGGGAGGAGGAGCUGCCUUCGACUCAAAGUCUUCGUCCGGCCUCAGAACAAUUGUGUGAAAAACUCCGGGAGCGUUCAGGAAGGAGUCGACUUCGACGACAACAACCACAACUCACUGGAACCCAGAGACGGAAUCAGCCACGAGUCUCCGGAGCCGGCCCGGAGGGACGUCAACUCCGCUGGUCGACGCCCCUCCUCGGUGCUCCUUCUCAGCUCCGCCCUCAUCCUCCUGGCGGCCAUCUUGUCCUUAUAGCACCUG